ACCCGGAAACACAGCGGAGCCGAGGCAGACAUGGCGUCUCCCGCGGUGGGCAGCCACGUGUGGGUGGGAUCCGAGACGGGGAUUUUGAAAGGAGUCAACCUGCAGAAGAAACAGGCCACGAAUUAUAGGAUGGGGGAAACAACUGUCAGUCGACGAGAAGCUGUCACCUCCAUGUGUUGGGGUGAUUCGUACGAAUCAGAGAUCUUUGUGGGAUGCCUCGAUGGAUCCGUUAGAUUAUUCAGUACCGAAAAGGGCAAGUUUAUUGAAUCGCGGGACUGCCACGGAGGUGAAGGAGCCUUUUGUGGCUUAGCUGUCCUUGAUGGUUCCCUUAUCACCUGUGUGGAGUCUGGGUUGAUGAAAAUCUGGCGGGAUGCCUCCUCGGAGAAUGUGGAAAUUCAGGUGGGGCCUGGCGUCUGCCGCAUGAGGCAAAACUCCCAGCAGCGCCACCGUAUCGCCACGGGGGGAAAAGAGAAUUGUCUGAAAAUAUGGGACUUGCACCAGCCUCAGGAACCGGUUUUCCGAGCCAAAAACGUGCCUCACGAUUGGCUUGAUCUGAGGGUACCUAUCUGGGACCGGGAUAUGGAAUUCCUGCCUGGAUCUGAGAAGAUUGUUACUUGUACCGGACACCAUCAGGUCCGGCUUUAUGAUCCCAGUUGCCCCCAACGCCGUCCCGUCUUGGAAGCGACCUUCGGAGAGUACCCACUCACAGCUCUCUCGCUCACCUCCGAUGCGAAUGCUGUUAUUGUUGGCAGUUCCCACGGAGAUGUUGCGGUUAUAGAUCUACGUCAAGGGCGUUUGGUGAAGUGCCUCAAAGGUUUUGCUGGCAGCGUCCGCGCCAUCCAAUGUCACCCAACGCUUCCUGUGGUCGCCUCUUGUGGGUUGGACCGUUUCCUUCGGCUGCACAACCUCCAGAGCCAGCGUUUAGAACAUAAGGUUUAUCUCAAAUCCCGAUUGAACUGUCUCUUGCUGACCAGCCGGGAAAAAUGGGAGAGUGAGGAUAUCGAGCCGUCCAUUAACCUGCAGGACGAGGUGAAAGAGGAAGACGACGAAUUAUGGAACUCCAUGGAAGUGGUGGCUUCUAAACGGAAAGCCGGUGAUGAUCUUGGCUCCCGGACGGGGAAUUCGAAACCCCCUAAGGACGCAACCGUUCAAAAGCAGAAAAAGAUGAAAAAGACUAAAUUAUGUUCACGGUGAGAGGUACCGUUCUUACCUAGGCUUCCCCAAAAAGCACGAAUCAGAUUCCUGGUCCCAGCAAAACCCCUUUUAUUAAACGAAUGUGA